UCCAUUGCCGGGACAAGCACAACAAACAAAGAUCGAUAAAAUGGGUUAUUUAUUGUGAUAUUUAAAAGAAAGUAAUUAAGGACAACUAAAGCUAUAAAACAAAGGGCCACAAAAAUAGCAGAAAUUCGAUUAACAAAGAAGCGAAAAAGGAUUAAAUAAUUGCCAGCAGCAUGCCCACCUGGAGCGUGACGAACGUUUUUCAUGUGCUGACACGCAAGAAACCGCUCGAGGAUUCCAAUGAAUCCAAAUUGGCCAAAGUGCUAUCGGCAUUCGAUUUGACCGCCCUAGGAAUUGGUUCAACGCUGGGCGUCGGCGUCUAUGUACUCGCAGGCGAGGUGUCCAAACAAUAUGCAGGUCCUGCCGUAGUGAUUAGCUUCCUGAUUGCCGCUGUUGCAUCGAUAUUUGCGGGUCUGUGUUAUGCCGAAUUCGGUGCACGUGUGCCAAAAGCGGGCUCAGCGUAUAUCUACAGCUAUGUGACGAUUGGCGAGUUUAUAGCGUUCCUCAUUGGCUGGAACCUUAUACUGGAGUACGCAAUUGGUUCCGCCAGUGUGGUCAAAGGGCUGAGCACAUAUUUAGAUUCGCUUUGCGGCUAUGCUAUGCGUGAUUUUUUGGGCACACACUUGCCAAUAAAUAUACAGGGCUUGAGCGCCUAUCCGGACAUAUUUGCAUUCGUCGUGACCAUACUAUUCUCCUGGGCCAUUGCCUCAGGUGCCAAGGAAUCCACGCGUGUAAAUAAUGUGUUCACAAUGCUUAAUUUGGGCGUUGUGUUGUUCGUCAUAGUUGCUGGACUCUUCAAAGUUUCCAGCAGCAAUUGGACAAUUCCAAAGGAGCAGGUGCCCCAGGGCUAUGGCGAAGGAGGUUUUAUGCCGUAUGGUGUUUCGGGCAUUAUUAAAGGCGCCGCCGUUUGCUUCUACGGCUUUAUUGGGUUCGACUGCAUUGCCACUGCCGGCGAAGAAGCUAAGAAUCCGAAGAAAUCCAUUCCAUUUGCUGUGAUUGUUUCGUUAGCUAUGAUUUUUCUUGCCUACUUCGGUGUGUCCUCUGUGCUGACGAUGAUGCUGCCAUAUUAUGAGCAGGACGAGAGCGCACCGCUACCCCACGUAUUUCGCAUUUAUGGAUGGCAUGUGGCCGAAUAUGUUGUUACCAUUGGUGCCAUGUUUGGACUCUGCGCGAGUUUAAUGGGUGCCAUGUUUCCACUGCCGCGCAUUGUGUUUGCAAUGGCAAAUGAUGGUCUGCUGUUCAAGUUUAUGGGCGAGAUUAGCAAUAAAUAUCGUACUCCUUUUAAGGGCACGCUUUUAACUGGUCUGCUAACAGGUAUAUUGGCAGCCAUAUUUAAUCUCAGUCAACUCGUUAACAUGAUGUCCAUCGGAACUUUGCUGGCCUACUCUAUGGUCGCCAGUUGUGUGCUGAUGCUUCGCUAUGAGGUCGACGAACGUCGCGACAGUCGACACAUUAGCAAUGGACGCGCACUGACCCUGGAGGAAGAGGAGCAUUGUGCUCUGUGGCGACGUUUGUUUAACAUGAACGGUCAGACGGUGCCCACCAGGCAAACAUCGCGUAUUGUUACUGUAAUGGUAACAUUGUUUUCUCUCUGCAGCUACGUUUUCUCGCAGAUAUUGACCAAAUUUGAGGAGGACUUGUCUAACAUCACUGAAUAUGACAUUGUAGCACUACUUCUCUGCGCCAUCCCGUUAACGCUCAUGCUCUACAUUAUCUCACGUCAGCCCACGUCGGGCGUAAAGCUGUCCUUUAAGGUGCCUCUGGUGCCCUGGCUGCCCGGAAUUUCCAUACUGAUUAACAUUUAUUUGAUGAUUAAACUGGACAUUCUCACCUGGGUGCGCUUCUCCAUUUGGAUAGCCAUCGGAUUGGCCAUCUUCCUCACCUAUAGCAUGCGAAACAGUCGUCUGCGCCAGAAGGAGCAGCGCACUUCUAUUAGCAUUUUGCGUGAUUCCAGCGAAGCCGCACUACUUAGCCAGGAGCGUUCCAAAUAUGGCAAUGAGGUUCCACUGAUAUUGAUGCAUAGCACGUCGUGAAUUGAUAUUUUUGUGUUGUACGUCUGCGUGCAAGCGAAAGAAAAACAGUACUUCUGAGUUAGUAUUAAAAUACAAAUAGCCUGUUAAGUUCUCGCGUGCAUUUUUGUGCUGCCUCUAACACACACACAACACACACUCACAAAUACAUACAGACAUGUAUGUAUACUAUACACCCAUACAACAAUUUACACUUCCUAUUCUGAUUAGGAAUCUCAUAUUAUUUAAUUUAAAACCAAAUAUACAUACUAUUGUAAAUACAAAGAGCUUAAAGCAAUACAAAUAAAACACAAAAAUUUAUAAACAA